CCACUAAAAAACGUAGUAGCUUCACCAAAGACCUUAGUCAAUGGCUCUUAACCUACUUGCUUCACUCCCUAUCUGCAAUUUCAAUAGACUACCACCUAUCCCAUCUAAAGGUCCUAUCUCACUUGUAAAAUCCAGAAGUGGCAUCGUUGUCCAAUGCAUGCCAGCCAGCAAAAUAUCAAACAGUUCCACUAUUUUGAGGCGAUCAGCAAAUUACAAACCUACCGAUUGGCACUAUGACUACAUUCAGUCAUUGAGAAAUGAAUAUACGGGGGAAUCGUGCACUAGACAAAAUAAUAUGUUAAAGGAACAAGUGAGGAUGAUGCUUCACAAAGUAGUGGAUCCUUUAGAGCAACUUGAGCUGAUAGAUAUCUUGCAGAAAUUGGGAAUAUCUUAUCACUUUGAGGGAGAAAUAAAGAGAAUAUUAGAAGGACUUUACGAUAAUAUUGACCAUGGUAGUGAUACGGAUAUGUGGAAGAUGAAGAAUUUAUAUGCCACAGCUCUUAAAUUUAGACUCCUAAGACAACAUGGAUAUAUUGUGUCUCCAGAAGUAUUCAAUAGUUUCACUGACCAGAGAGGGAGUUUCAAAGCAUUUCUUUGUGAGGAUACAAAGAGUAUGCUAUCCUUGUAUGAAGCAUCAUUCCUUUCGAUAGAAAAUGAAAAUAUCUUGGAAGAAGCAAGAGAUUUCUCAACCAAACAUCUAGAAGAAUAUGUUAUGCAGAAUAAAGAUACAAAUCUUUCUACUUUGGUGAGCCAUUCUUUGGAGCUUCCAUUGCAUCGGAGGGUGCUUAGGUUGGAACAAAGGUGGUUCAUUGACAUAUAUAGAAGCAGAGAAGACAUGAACCCUAUCUUGCUUGAGCUUGCAGAAUUGGAUUUUAACAUGGUACAAGCAGUCUACCAAGAAGAACUAAAACAAUUAUCAAGAUGGUGGAAGAGCACAGGCCUUGCAGGGAAUUUGAGCUUUGUGAGGGAUAGGCUGCUGGAGUGUUUCUUAUGGUCAGUGGGAUUUAUAUUUCAGCCGCAAUUUGGAAAUUGUAGGAGAAUGUCAACAAAGUGCAAUGCCCUGAUAACAACAAUAGAUGAUAUUUAUGAUGUAUAUGGCACUUUGGAUGAACUUGAGCGCUUCACAGAUGCUAUUGAGAGAUGGGAUGUCAAUGCAAUGGAUGGGCUCCCAGAUUAUAUGAAGACAAGUUUCUUUGCUCUAUACAAUUCAGUUAAUGAAAUGGCUUUUGACACCCUUAAGGAACAAGGAAUCAACAUCGUCCCAUACCUUAAAAAAGUGUGGGCAGAUUUAUGUAGAUCUUAUUUGUUGGAGGCAAAGUGGCACAGCAGCGGAUAUACACCGAGCCUUCAGGAAUACAUUGAGAAUGCAUUGAUUUCAAUAGCAGGACCAAAUCAAAUGGUACAGGCUUAUAUUUGUGUCACAAAUCCACUAACAAGGGAAACCUUGGAUUACUUGAAUGAGUACCCUAACAUCAUCCGUUGGUCAUCAUUGAUUUCACGACUUGAGAAUGAUCUUGGAACAUCUCCGGAUGAGUUAAAAAGAGGUGAUGUUCCUAAAUCGAUUCAGUGUUACAUGAAUGAAACUGGUGCAAGUGAAGAAGACGCCCGUGAGUACAUAAGGUGUAUGAUUAGUGCAACAUGGAAAAAGAUGAAUGAAUGCCCAGCUACAAGUUCUCUCUUGUCUCAAACAUUUAUAGAAAUGACAUUCAACGCUCCAAGGAUGACCUACUUCAUGUACCACCAUGGAGAUGGACAUGGUGUUGGGAAUCAUAAAAUUAAGGACUGUAUAUUGUCAUUACUUGUUCAAUCCAUUCCAUUAAAGAAAAAUUCAUGUGAUUAAUUAUUGAUAUAUAAGGAUGUAACUUUUAAGUUUUAGUUUGACAAUUGUAAUAGUCGGAGUCAUAAGGAAAGUAGAACCCAUCAAUAAAGCCAGUGGCUCACACUGUCUUCUUACUUUAA